UCUCACACCCCCUUGUCAGAAACGCCUGACUUUGUGUCUCCUGGCUGAAAAAGGCACGGCUUUAUUUUUUUUCUUUCAACCCCCCCCUGAGAAACGACACGACGGGCCUCGUCAUCGACAGCCUUCCGAUUGCGUCUCUGGGUCAGGCAGCAAUGGAUACGCCGCCAAAGGAUCUCCAACCGAAACCCAAAGCCACGCUUUGUUGACGCAUCCCUUCCGUCACAUCGCGACUUAAAUUCAAACUACAAGGCCAAUUCUGUGCCAUUAUCCCCCACAACAACCCCGCGACCGUUCUACGAAAACUUAUCUGCUCGGCCAACCCAACAACACCCAAAAUGGCACGGAUACAGAUCCCGAUAGACGUGCUGACGUCGCGCCUCAAUCUUGGGGACCGCUUCGCUAGCAUACGCUCCGGAUCGCUCGCCAGCCGCUUUUCGAACCUGCGGCCCCUCUCCGAGUUCUUCGACGUGAAGCGCGUCAACAAGCCGGCCAACUUCGCCGAGAUGCAGUCGCGUGUCAACUACAACCUCGGCUACUACUCAAGCAACUAUGCCGUCGUCUUCUCCAUGCUCUGCAUUUACGGCCUGCUCACAAAUUUCUGGCUGCUUUUCGACAUCAUAUUUGUCGUCGUUGGCAUGUUUGUCAUCGGCAAGCUCGAGGGUCGCGACCUCGAGCUCGGCGAGCAGCGUUUCUCAACGGUGCAGCUGUACACGGGUCUCUACGUCAUCGCCAUUCCGAUCGCCCUGAUCUCGGGCGUCUUUGGCACGAUGAUGUGGCUGAUCGGCGCGAGCGGUGUGGUCAUUCUCGGCCACGCUGCGCUUUUGGACAAGCCCAUCGAUGAGGCUUUUUCCGGGGAGGCGGUCUAGGUGGUCGGCCGCGAGCUCCCAAACCUGCGCCCCAAUGGGGAAGACCAUCAAGGCGCGAGAGGAGGACACAGGAAGCGCGCAACGGGGA